AGAGAAAUCAGUUGGAAGUCUCAAACUUCGCUUGCCUGAACUGUUCCGCGCUCUGUCAGACUAUGCUCAUGCCUGUUCUGAUUCUUAUGAGAAACUAAGGUCCAUCACACACUCACAGAAGAAUUCAAAUCACAGUCACGCAUAAUGAUGGAAAUGGCACUGUUCAAGAAAUGGGGUGGCUCUGGCAGAGAAACUAUCUAUCUGGGUAGGACUCCAGGUGUGAAGGAUGGUCCAAAACCAAGGUGGCAAGUGUUUUGGAGAAAAAUAAAUAGAGGCAAGAAGAAAAUAUUCAACGUGUCUCCCGUUACAUCGCAGGCUUCUUAUGAUCUAGAUGAAUACUCGCAGAAUUUUGAUCAAGGAACAGAUUGGGCUGAGCCAGAAAUUCUUUCAAGGUCCUUUUCUGCUAGAUAUGCUGACCCUUCAAGAAUUUUGCAAAAGAGUAGAACUGUUAGAUAAUUCAAGCAAGCUUGAUGUGUACAUUUUUUUUUCCAGUGCCUUUUUGAUCUCUGAAACCAAAUUCACCUUCUUAAUGUUUUCCUCUUCCUGGUUUUUGACUUUGUUCUUGGAAUGUUUCUCAAUCACAAGGCCGAAGUCCUGUUUUUGAGUUCACUGUGAAGGCAUAUGACUGAUGAAUGAUGACUGAUAGCACUUCUUCAUGGAAACAUGAUCCAUAAGCAUAAGGGAAGUUUUUGUAUAGAAAUAGACAAACAAUGAUGUCUCUGUUUCCUUGCGUGUCUCGUGAUUCAUGUCCGUGUUCUUCCUGCUCUUUUAUCUUGCUUUCGGCAAUUAGUUGAGCCUAGGUUGUGGUCUCAAUACAAGGCAAUAGCACAAGACAAAAGCAAAGGAUUGAAAGUUUCUUUUUCCUACUCACUUUACUCACAAGUAGAUCAAGAUUCCUUUCUGAUGGCAGCUCUAGAUUUUCAACUUUUUACUGUUCUCAUGUGGUAGACAGCGUGACGGAUGCAGAGAGAAUCUUGCAGCCUCACUGCUUGUUUUCUUCAAAUUCUAGGCAUUAAUUGUUUAGGGCAAGUUCCCACUUCUUACUAUCUGGAUCAUAAAUACUACAGACAAAGGUUUUUGGUUUUGAACAAGUA